GAACCAAACCCUAAACCUGAGGUUGCCACUGCAUCUCACUCGCAGGGUUUUCGAAGAUUUAAGAACUAGGGUUUCUUCCCCUUUCGCGACUCAUGGCUCCUAAAGCUGAUAGUUCAAAGAAGGCCGAUGCUAAGGCACAAGCCUUGAAAACUGCUAAGGCAGUUAAGUCAGGUGCUACCUUUAAGAAGAAGGCCAAAAAGAUCCGAACUUCUGUCACCUUCCAUCGGCCAAAGACUUUGAAAAAGGAUAGGAACCCCAAAUACCCCCGCAUUAGUGCUCCACCCAGGAAUAAGCUUGAUCACUAUCAGAUACUGAAGUAUCCUCUCACAACUGAGUCCGCAAUGAAGAAGAUUGAAGACAACAACACUUUGGUGUUCAUUGUUGACCUGCGGGCUGACAAGAAGAAGAUCAAGGACGCAGUGAAGAAGAUGUAUGAUAUUCAGGCCAAGAAAGUCAACACCUUGAUCAGGCCUGAUGGGACCAAGAAGGCUUAUGUCAGGUUGACACCUGACUAUGAUGCCCUGGACGUAGCCAACAAGAUUGGAAUUAUCUAAAUUAAUACCAGGCAUCACCGAAUUCGAUUUCUGUUUAGAUGGUAGUUUGUUUUGUGGUGAUCUGAGGUAGACAUUUGAAACAAAUUAAGUUCUAAAUUUUGCGGUUUGUUAUCUGGUGUAUUUUAGUUCAAUUGGAAUUAAAUUUAUCUUUGUUACAAUUUCCAGUUUGAUGAGUAAAUGAGUUAUCAUGAUUCAUUCUUCAGUUA